CUUCUACCAACAACAGAUUAUACUGACAAAGAUCCUUAAGUUAAUCAACCACUAUUGACUAUGACGGAUAGUCAUCCGAGCCCAGCGUUGCUCCUUCAGGUGGCUUAUGCUAAGCAGAAGGGGCUUGGUUUUGGUGCGAUGGUUCUGUCCUGGCUACAGCAGCACCCUGAGCUAGUGGCCAACGGGGUAGCUCGGGGUACUCAUGCGCACGUUGACGCACUCGGACAUUGCACCUGCAAUACACUGACACCUGACACUGGUGUUCCGAUUCAGUCGACCUCGUACACCCAGGACAUCAUGGAACCUGUCAGCAUCCCAGCCACCGUCACUGUGGCUCUCCAAGCGCCCGCCGAUCAUGCGGACCGCGGACAUCGCACCUGCAUUACUGAAGAAUCGAAGACGUCUCCUCGCCUCUGGGGGAGCACUGGUGCCUGCCUGAGGGGCCCCGUAUCCAAUUCUCUAUCUGCCGACUCGGCCAGCAAUAGUUCUGUUGUACCUUCGCCUUUCCCCCAGACCACUAUCUCCCAUUCCGACCACACAGCGGCUGCUGUGCCGGGAUCCGUUGUGGUGACGGCCUCCACUGAAUGCCCAGCUCAUGUACCCAGCACUGGUACGGUCAAGCACGAGCUCGACAAGGCCUCAGCGGACGAACUCUCUCCUGCGUACCAUCCAUCGUCCUAUCCAUCUAUUUCCUCAUCCUUGUUGGAUGCUCAUCCAGCAAGCAAUGACGAAGCUGUCCCCUUGUAUUGUCACCAUGAGGUACUGCCUCCCCGCUACACGCCUCCUCGCAAGCGACUCAAGCUACCUCCAAACCUUUCUCGUUCAUCUUCGCCUACUCCAUCGACAUCCUCUUCCUCGCCUCCUUCGCCUCGUCUGGUGGCCUUGGACAGGGCCACCCUCCAGGCAGUCGCAGAAGCCCAGGCUGCCAGAGAAGUCUCAGCGGAGUUGGUGAGGAGGAACCGGCUGGUCGGGGGUCGUCUCGUGCACGCGUGACCUUAUAUAUGUCCUUGGCUCCAUCUACACCUAAUGUCUUGUCUAUUGCCGUGAUGUCACUGUACUCUCUGUUUUCCACCCAUUCCUCCCCAGUCCCAACUACAAUAUGCUGCCCGACAGGGCAAGCUUAACACCUUCAUUGAUUGUUUAUCUUGCCUUUGUUACUUGGCCUUUAAGGCCGCAACCAACUCAAUGCACUCGUUUCC